AUGCCAGGAGAAGAAGGUUAUAGUGAUGGAGAUGAGCUGCCCCUGGGUGAGCAAUUGUCAAAUGAAAACAUCAGAAAAGACGAUGAAAUACGCGCCACUCAGAUGGGAGAUGAAGCAGAAGAACCCUGGGUACUUCUGGAAUGCCAGUUUGAUCAGAAUGAGAAGCUCAAGAGCUCUGUGAACAAAACAUUUGAAGCUGAGGAAUUGCGCAUGCAGCCCAUUGGACGGGAUCUAGAUGGGUUUAUUUAUUGGUAUCAUGAGGAUGGUGCCAAUGGCUUAAGGUUGUACACUACAGAAGAAGAUGAGGUGAGCUGUGAGUCAUGGAGAUUGUUAGCCAGAGAGACUGCUGAAUUAGCCUCUGUUGUGGAAUAUUUGGAAACCAAGUCUGUUGUUAAUCCCAAAGAGAUAGCCCUCGCAAAGAGGGAGGAGAUGAAAAAGAAGGGGGAAAUAAAAAGUCCUGGAAAAAAGAGAGGAAGAAAAAGCAAAAAGAAAGAAUCUAUACAAGAAGAAGACUACGACGAUGACAAUCCUUGUGCAAGGUGUUUUUCAAAUGUCAGACCAGAUUCGAUUUUAUUGUGUGACAAAUGUGAUGCUGCGUAUCAUACUGCCUGCCUUCGUCCACCUCUGCUAACGGUGCCCCAGGGAGACUGGUUUUGCCCCUUCUGCCAACAGCUGGCAUUGCUGGAUAUUUUAAAGGAGAAGAGAACGCGGUUAGCUGCCAGGUUAAAGUUAAGACAGAGACAAGCGAAAAGGUUGGGUUUUGCAGGUAUUGACCUGAACAACAUCUUACAGCGAACAUCAGAUGACGAAGAAGACCAAGGAAUCAGACGGUCUGGUCGCUCAAGAAAAAACGUCGACUAUACUUUUAAAGACUUCGAGGACGAUAUCACAUCGGCCGUCGAGCACGACAAAAAGAGAUUCAAAGGAGAGGAAGUUAAUGGAGAGGAAAAACAUUUGUUGUUCUCCAAACCGGCUUACGAGUCAGGAAAUCUUGUGCGGUUACAUCAGCGGAAUACCCGUAGAUCCCGUCGACUGAUGGAUCUUGAUUACGAAAGCGGUUCGGAGUCUCCGACGAGCGGAUACGAGUACGAAGCCAACUCGGAUGACGAUGUUCGGGGGAAGUCCGAGGGUUCUACUCGGCUUCGAAGGACACGAAAGAUUAUUGAUGAAGACGAUGAUGAUAAUGAUAGCAAAGACGCUGAGGAUUCGAUUAGAUCCGAACGUGAGAAAGGUGACGAACGUGACAAUGAGGAGAGCUCAAAAGACAAACCUGGAGCCUCAAAAUCGAAAGAAAACCGAGAAGACGACAAGAAGUCGGACAAUGAGCUUCUAAAAACGAGUGUAAACGGAGGGGAGGCAGCAAAAAUAAACGUUGCUAGCUCAGGGAGCGAAGUUGUAGCUGGGGCUGUUAAUAUUCCACCUUCUCAUGCGCUCCACGGCAACAAGAUCCACCCACACUCAAGGAUUGCAUCUGUGGCGCCGGUUGCUCGUACCCAGCCUGUUCCCGACGUGAGCAAUCACAGGAAUCCCCUCAGCUACCCCCCAGAAGGCAUAUUUCCCAACCCUCCAAACUUCGAAAUAUUUAAGCCACAGUUCCCCACCAAACAGGCCCCGAAUUAUGUUGACCCCAAUUUCGGAAAUGUCACUUUAGGAACGCCAACCCUCACUGGAAACAACUUCGCAGGAAACAGCACGGGAAUUAGAAACAUUUCUCCUGGUCAUGUACCAGGGAUGUCACCAGGUGGACCCUCUUUUCCAGGUACCCAGGGAGUUAGAACUCCAAACAUAAUGACAAAUUUGGGAGGACCUAAUAUGUCGGGUCCCAAUCCAGUAGUACCUGUUUUUUCAGGUUCAAACGCGAACUACCCGGGCCCAAAUUUAAGGGGGCAAAGUACGUCUGGAACGAAUUUCGGUGAGGCUUACGCAAGAGGGCUCAACAACGUAGGGACUGCCAUGAAUGCCAACUUCAGAGGACCAAAUUUUGGUGGAAGUAACGCGACAGCAAAUGGCGUCGGAGGAGGUUUUGGUGCUCUGAAAAGUCCAACGCAGAAUAUCUCGGGCUCGUUUUGGUCAGGCCAGAACAACUACAGUAACAUGUAUAACUAUUCUACUUCUGGAGGGACGCCUUCUCCCGUCAAAAGUCCCCCAGGCAACCAGACUUUACCGCCACCCUACCCCUCUCCGGCCAGGUUUACGGACUCAAGUCAGUACGGUAACUAUAACCAACAAUUUCAAGGGAAUUCUAACAUGCAGAAUAAUUAUGUGGUACCACAACAAAGCGGAAAUUUCCCGGAUUCUAAGUUUUUCCCUGCUACUCCUCAACAACCACCGCCCCCCUAUCCUUCGGGUAACUCAAUUAAUGCAAACUUCUACGGAAACAGAACGGAGGAAGGUAACGUUGCGGGAAACCAGUGGACUUAUCCAGAGGGGUACGGGUAUUAUCCCGGUCAAGGCAAUGCAGCAGGACAGAGUUUGUAAAGUCAAGCAAUUUAAGUGUGGUUUCACAAUUUAAUAACAUACACUUGUGAGAAAAGCGAAAAUUUUUAUCCCAGCAUCCAUUCAUAAUGCAGCUAGAAUCGUCCUAACUAAAGAAAAUAUCCCCGUGACUUAAUCCUGUUUGGAUUAAAACGUUUUACACGGCUCUACUUUAAAAGAGAUUUUGAAAAUUCUCAAUUAAAGCAACCACACAGGCAGGUUCACCGAUGUGAAUGGACGACCACAAAUAUUAGCAUGUCUUUAUUUUGUUCAUGUUCCUAUAUUCGAAAUAGCUUCUGCAACGACACAGAGUUAACCGUGAGAAAAAAGAUGGCGGCAUAAAUUUUCCAUCAAUGCCUUGUGGGGAAUGUUUUGGCCAUUUGACGAUUGCCUGUCUGCUCAUUUAGACUCUACCAUUUUGUUACAAAGUUUAAUCUCAUGCGGGGCCAUAUUCAACCUCGGAAAUGCCGCGUGUGAAGUCUAAGGCACUUUUCAGUACAGUUUUGUUGGGAAAUGUUAGGGUUUUUUAAGGGCAAAGAUAUUGAGGGUCGUUUAACUCGCCGUCAUUGUCUUAGUACAGUUGCUGUCUUUUUGAACGACAAGAAUUUGAAAGUACGUGAAAUUCAAAGAGGGAUGUUAAUCAGUAGGAUAAGAAACGGAAAUACAUACAUACAAGUUUCAGUUAUUUGUUAAGACGUUCCAGGUAAACGUUAUAUUUCUUAUUUAAGGGGACUGGGCUAUAUUAGGUGAUUUUGUCACGCAUGGUUAUGCAAAAUGCAGUUUGUUACGCGAAACAAUUUUUGUCACGCAAGGCCGUGUAAGUCUGAGCAUCUUACUGAACUGAUACAGUUGGCCGUGGUGUAAGCAGUGAUCUUUCAAAUAAUUUUUAACAAGCCAAAAUGUGUAUAUAUCUCUCAUUUUUAUCCAUUUCAAAACAUCGUUACCAUUAUUUUUCAAGAACAGCUUUCAUUUAUUAAUGCUUGAGGUUUGUUUGAGAUGGCUUUACCAAUCGCUUUCGCUUACAUAUUUUCAGAAAAUUUAUUCUUUUCCUUCCUACUCAACAGUCGAAGGAAAGAAAUUCUCUCGAUGAACAUCAGACCAUGUAAAAACGACAGUAUUAUCAAUAACCUCUGCGGCCAUUGUUUGGUUGCGUCACGCAAUACCUCAGCGAGAAACCGUGUUAUGUGACAAACCAAACAUCGGUUGCGAAGCAGGGCCAUAGUAUCAAUGAAUACAUAUGAUGUACGAUCCUCGCAGUAGAUAGCGCUAUUCAAUGAAUGUUGUCAAAAUUAUCAAAGUAUGUAAACAUGUUUAAAAUAUAUCGUCAGUUAACCAAUGAGAGCUAUCAUAAACGCUCUCUAUAUAUUUAUCACUUUUUGAUCUCAUAAAUUACUAAGUUGUUAUUAUCAUUUCAGAGCUGAUUUAUACUGGUAAUUGAACUGAGUGGAGUGCAAUUUGG